ACACUAACACGUUGCUAUAAAAUUGAUGAGCUACCAUCUUCCAUCUCAAUUCAUUUCUAUUCCCAUAUUCAUAAUCACAAAUCUCUCCUUCCAAAAGAAUCAGAAAUCAGAACUCAACAACGUUUGGAUUUGGAAUUGAAGCUGAAGUUGUAGGUAUUAAUUAUAAGAACAACAUUAUUGUGUGUGUAUUAUAAGAGGCUCAUCAAGAAAUGGAGCUGAAUCUCAAGGCCACAGAAUUGAGGUUGGGAUUACCCGGCAGUGACGAGCCUGAGAAAACUUCAUGCAGUGGCUUUGUUGUUAGAAGCAGCAAGAGAUCUUCACCGGAAGCCAGUGUUGAAGAAUCCAUGUGCAAAAGCAACGUUAACUCUAGUGGUUGUGAUUCAACAACCACAAGUGAUCAUGACCAAGACAGUGUCCAACCUGCAAAGGUUCAAGUAGUGGGAUGGCCACCAAUCAGAUCUUUUAGGAAGAAUAGUUUACAACAGAAGAAGGUGGAACAAGGUGAUGGAGCUGGAAUGUACGUGAAAGUGAGCAUGGCUGGUGCACCUUACUUGAGGAAGAUAGAUCUCAAGGUUUACGAGACCUACGCAGAACUACUCAAAGCCUUGGAAAAUAUGUUCAAGUGCACAUUCGGUGAAUAUUCAGAAAGGGAAGGUUACAAUGGAUCUGAAUACGCUCCUACUUAUGAGGACAAGGAUGGUGAUUGGAUGCUUGUUGGAGAUGUUCCAUGGAACAUGUUUGUGUCCUCCUGCAAGAGACUGAGAAUAAUCAAAGGAUCAGAAGCAAAGGGGUUGGGUUGUUCAUGACCGCAGAAUUAAUAAAAGCAAAAGCAGGAUUGCACAAAAGCAUGAAGAAAAGCACAGUGAUCAUCAAAGACAAUAAUACCUUUGUGUUGUUUUCUGGUGCUGUGCAAAGCAAGAACCUGUUCUCUGAGAAGUUUAUAUAUAGCUUAUCAGAAAGAGAGAUGUAUAUUUAUACAUUAAUUUUCCCUUAUUGAUUUUAAUAGAGGCCUGCUUCCUUAAU